UCUUCCUCUUAAAGAGACACCGAGCAACAAUUACCGUUCACUUUACUGUAAUCAAUGCAGGCAAUGUGAAAGUUGGCACUACAUUUACCUAGGACCUCAGACAGCAAAGUAAUUCAAGAAUUAGAAAGGACUUGCAGAGAGAAAUUAAUAACUUAACAAGAAAAUACGAUGGUUACUAAUCACAAAGUAAGGGUUUCUCCUUCACCCCCGGAUGAGCAAGACAGCAAUAGGUUGCCUUCUGAUGUGGUCGUAAGGCUUGAAGAUGAUGACGUCAGAUGGGGUUGGUUGAGAUUCAGACCCGAAAUUCUUCAAUCCCUGUUGACUCCAAGAUGGUUUUUGGUCUUUGUCUCUCUCUUCAGUAUAGCCCAAGGAAUGGCUAUCAACUCAUUUGUGAGCAUUGCGAUACCAACUUUGGAGAAACAGUUUUCGUUUAGCAGCACACAGACAGGUGUCAUAGUGUCGUCUAAUGAUGUCAUGGGUCUCCUAUUGGUGUGCUUUGUCAGUUUUCGUGGUGAUUAUGGACACAAGACCAAGUGGUUGGGUUACGGUGCUCUGGUAACAUCCAUAGGUUGCAUUAUGUUUGCUCUUCCUAACUUCCUCAUCGAAAGAGGCGACAUUGCAAAAAAAAACGAGGAAUCAUUUGGACUUUGUGGCUCUAAUACAACACAACACAGUUACAGAAAUGAAGAAGGCUGUUCUGCAGACGGAACUGUUGGAACAUCGAUGUAUCUCAUGAUCUUCAUCCUGUCCCAGUUGUUAUCAGGAGCAGGAACGACACCUCUACACACUUUAGGAACUUCGUACAUUGAUGAGAACGUAGAUCCAAAAUAUACUUCAGUCUACAUUGGUGUGUUCUACGCCACCAUCAUGUUAGGGCCUGGACUCGGCAGUAUAAUUGGAGGAAAUUUGCUUAACUUUAUAUACGUGGACAUCAAACUGCCACCAAAUGUGUAUUUAAAGAGUAAAGACCCUGCAUGGAUUGGUGCCUGGUGGUUGGGUCCUCUUGCUUGUGGAGGCUUAUUGUUUGUUGUAGGCAUCAUUCUCCUGGGUUUUCCUAAACAGCUUGCCAAUGCAACAAGGUUACGUCAACAAGCCAUUGAACGAGGUCUUAUCAAAAAGGGAGAAAAUGUUUCCGGAAACAUGAAAGAUAUCUUGCCUGUCACCAAAUCCUUGUUGACUAAUGGGGCAUUCAUGUAUCAGAAUAUGGCAUUGACUGUUAGCGCUUUGGUCGGAGGAGGCCUUGGACCUUUCUUGUUCAAGAUCAUUCGUACUCGAUAUGGAGCUUCGCCCUCUAUCAUAGGACUGUCUAUCGCCCUGAUUCUUAUUCCUGGUGCUGGUGGAGGAAUAGCUUUAGGUUCUUUCCUCGUCAAGAAAUUUGGUGCUAAAGACUCGUGUAAAUCAGCGGCUAAAAUGACGUUCUAUCUGCAGUUAGUUGGUAUAUGGACAGCAGUGAUAUUCCUAAUCCCAGGCUGCGAGUAUUCCAAUUUUGCAGGAAUUGAUAAAUCAUACAAGAACAGCAAUGCUAUUAAUAUCAAGGACUCUUGCAAUAGCAAUUGCAAUUGUUCAUUGUCAACGUACAAUCCAAUUUGUGGACCUGAUGGGUUAAACUACUUCUCACCGUGUUUUGCUGGAUGUACGAAAGUAACUAAUCUGUCGUACACAAGAUGUUCGUGCCUUUCAUCACCAAGUACAGUUUUGAAACCUGGCUUGUGCGAGCAGAACUGCAAGAAUCUCAUCUACUUUUUGGUUGGAGCUGUUAUCUUAACCAUUUUCAGCUUCUCCAACGCUAUUCCAUCAAAGAUUGUUACACUCAGAUCUGUUCCUGAUAACCAACGAGCAUAUGCUUUGGGGUUACAAUUCGUUUUUCUUCGAAGUCUUGGAUCAUUACCAGGACCAAUAGUAUUUGGUCGAAUAAUUGACACAACGUGUACCAUGUGGCAGGAAAAAUGCGGUAACGAUGGCAAUUGUCGAAAUUAUGACCACGUCACGCUAAGCUGGAUAUUGAUGGGUACCGCAAUGCCUACGUACGCAUUGUCCUGUGUCGGGUACUUUUUAUCUUGGCAUUACAGCAAGAAACAAGAGAAGUUGCAAAGCAAUGACGUCGACUUGAAAAAUGUAGAAGAGAAAGAUGGCAAGGAGGAGGCCGUGCAAGAAACACGAAUCAAGGAAUAACCACGGCCAUGGCAUGCAAAACAAGUUGUAUAGUAGGAAGUGUGUCAUGCGACGUGUGACAUGUUAAUUCAAUCGCCAGGAAGAAAUCAACUGGCAGGACAAAGUAAAGCGUAACAUAAUAGCAAAUGAUCAAUGACCAGGAAGGAAACGGGUAGUUGUCAACAAGAAUCCGGGUUUUUUUUUCUUUUUUUUUUCUCUUUUGCCCCGGCCCCUGGCCCUAUUUAGGACCUCAUACGCUCUUGAUUUGUGUUAAUAGAAGUAACUGUAUUAUAAAUUAACAGUUAAUAGUUUAACAGUUAAAAAAAAAGUUAAUCGAGAAAGGUAGAUUAAGAACUGAACAAAAUAUCUUUGUUAAUACAAGUGGAGACCAUCUGAAAGGACUGUGUGAGUAGAAUGACGAUCCAAUUGUUUUGAUAUUGUACAGGCAGAUAUUGUACUCAAGAUUAGUAAUUCUGACAAGUUUGUACGCUUCCCUUGAAAAAAUUAGGAUUACAGGCUUUCAAAAGUGUCAAAAAUGUACAAACAAUGUACGGUUAGUAGCGAAACUUGUUCCCUGUAACCAUACAUUCUUCGUAAAAAAUAUUCCACACUCGAAAACCUGUUCUCUUCUUUCCCAUACCCAUAAUACACUGCGGCUUUGGGGGUAACCAGAGGGAGGGGGGAGACAGCUCUUAUUUUGCUAAAGGCAAAUCGCAAGAUGAAUCAUGUGAUGCUUUCUCAAAUAAAUAACUAAUUUGGUUUGCCAAUUAGCAAUCUCUGGCAAAGAGUCUUCCGGCUAUAUUUGGUCGGCGAGCUGGUGCUGACAACAAAGCAGGGAAGCAGGUACAAGUUAAGGUACAAAGUGGAAGUAACCUUAGCUUGCAGACUUUUAGUGUAUUCAAUACAGUUUUAGUGCAUGUAAAACAUGUUCAAAUAAAAAGGUAUAUUUAAUGAAA